CAUAGAAGUUACUGUUUUGCCGCUGCUGUCCUGACUCUGGUAUCUGCGGUCUAUCAAAAUAAAUCAUCAACUGUCAUCUUCAAUAAUAUAAUAUAAGUUAUAUUAUCACAUUUUUAUUGAUAGAGUAUAAAACACUUUGUAGAAAAAAAUGUCGCGUUCUAUACGUGCAGAAACUCGGAGUAGGGCCAAAGAUGAUAUUAAAAAAGUUAUGAAUGUUAUAGACAAAGUCCGGCAUUGGGAAAAGAAAUGGGUAACAAUUGGAGACACUACUAUGAAAAUAUAUAAAUGGGUACCAGUAACUAGUCAUGAACCCAAAAAAUCCUCAAAACAUAGAGAUAAUAAGGAGAAUAUGAGAAAAAGUACAGUACUGGAUACUUCGAACUCAAACUCGAACUUCAGUCUUGCUGAAGAUUCGAAUACUUGUGCUGCUUUGUCCAUCCAUAAGUGGAUUCAUGCAUCAGUUGGUGAUUAACCUAGAAUGGCAAUGGCAAGUCAUAAGUUUUCAAAGGUAACAAAUGGAGAUCAUAAUGUGUCUGAAACUGUAUAGAGGAGAGAUACAUAUAUACAAGAAAAUGAAGAUUUCAAAACAUUCAUCUCUCCCAACUUC